UGGAUAAUCAAGAAAACAAGCUGGCCGUAUCGACCUCCUAUUAUACUGUUUUGGAGGCGGGUGCCAUUAACCAAAUAAGAAGAAGAAAACAAGCUCUUCUAUUGAAUAUCGUAUCAUCGUACGCAGUGUGAACCCUACGUUAUUCAUAAUAAAAAACGUGAUCUGGUCGUAUCAACCUCCUUUAUUACUAUUUUGGGAGGCGUGGGACACUAAUUAAAGAAGAAGAAGAAGGGAUAUUUACUGGAUGUUAGAAGGAAAAAUAAUGAGUGGAUUUAAAACUAGACUUUUGAUAAUACCAGGCACGAGACCUUCGUUACGAAAUUCACAGUUGCUUAUUUCAACAGGGAUACCUUCUUUAGACAGUACAAUAGGUGGAGGUUUACCUAUUGGCUCGAUAUUUUUAAUUCAAGAGGACAAGUAUAGCUUCUACGCUAAAACUAUAUUGAAAUACUUUAUGGCAGAGGGAAUAGUCGUGUCUCAACCUGUACUGAUUGCAUCUCAAGAUGUUCAACCUUCUCAAUUUGUAUCAGGAUUGCCUGCAGUUAUAGAUAAUUCAGAGGAACAUACGAAAACUACAAAUAAUGAAGAUAAGCCAAUGAAAAUAGCUUGGCGAUAUCAGAAUAUGAAAGUAGUAGAUUCAACUCCUACGGGAGGUCAAAUAUUCGGUCAUUAUUACGAUCUUACAAAACAGAUGCAAAAGAAUUUCUUAGAAUAUGCUGACAUAAAACAAUGGGAAUUUAAUGAGGAAAUGACACUAAAUGAAAAUAGAACAUUUAAGAAUGCUGCAUAUACUGACUUAUUAUGUACCAUAGAAAAAACUUUACGCGAUGGACAAUAUUUUCUCUCUGAAACAUCACAACAAAAAACAAACAAAAUUUUAAGAAUCGCAAUUUAUUCUCUAGGAUCAAGAUUAUGGCUUAGUGACACAGAGAAAUAUUCUGAUUGUGAUCUAUUAAAAUUCUUAUAUUGCUUCAGAGCACUUUUAAGAAAUUCCUAUGCGGUUGGCGUAGUAACAAUACCAGUUAAUAAUUUCAAUAGCAAUUGCAUUAUCGAAAGAAUUGAACAUUUAUCGGAUAUAGCAAUUGCAUUGGAAUCAUUUGCGGGAUCUACGAAAGCGCUUAAUUCAUUGUAUAAGGAGUAUCAUGGUCUUUUGCACAUUAAGAAAUUGUGUGCGUUAAAUGGUUUGUCACACGGCAAGUUACAACACAAAGAUCUAGCAUUCAAAUUACGCCGUAAAAAAUUUCUUAUAGAAGUUUUACAUUUGCCACCUGAAUUUGAAGAUACGUCUCAACGAGAGCAAGAUGACACAAUAACACCCGGCAUUGGAUGCACAAGUGAAUCUAAUAAAAGUGCACUUGAUUUUUAAAUUUAUAAAUUUGA